AUGUCUGCAAGGAGCAACCACUCAGAGAUAACUGAGUUCAUCCUGCUGGGCUUCCCGGGAUCCCUGGGGCUCCACCUGUGCCUGCUGGUGCUCUUCUUGAUGGCCUACAUGCUGACCAUCACAGAGAACCUGAUCAUCAUUGCAGCAAUCUAUGCCAGCCCUGCACUGCACAAGCCCAUGUACCUCUUCCUCAGCAACCUAUCCUUCCUGGAGGUGUGGUACAUCUCUGUCACAGUGCCCAAGAUGCUGCUCAGCCUGGCCAUUCCUGAGUUCCAGCGUAUCUCUUUCGCAGGCUGCAUGGCACAGCUCUACUUCUUCCUGGCGCUGGCCUGCACUGAGUGCACGCUCCUGGGUGCCAUGGCUUAUGACCGCUAUGUGGCCAUCUGCAACCCCCUGCGCUAUCCAGCUAUCAUGAGUCCUGGCCUCUGCAGCCUCCUGGCUGCUGGCUCCUGGCUCUCCGGCUUCAUCAUCUCCCUGGGAAAGGUCUUUUUCAUCUCCCGCCUGGGCUACUGUGGUCCCAAUAUCAUGAACCACUUCUUCUGCGAUGUGUCCCCAUUGCUAAACCUUGCAUGCUCUGACAUGUCAGUGGCAGAGCUUGUGGACUUUCUCCUGGCACUGCUCAUCUUGCUGGGGCCACUGCUGCUCACUGUCUUCUCCUACACAGCCAUUCUCAGCACAGUGCUGCGCAUUCCAUCCGCUGCUGGCCGGCAAAAGGCCUUCUCCACCUGUGCCUCGCACCUGGCUGUGGUGAUCAUCUUCUACUCAGCCUCCCUCUUCAUCUAUGCUCGGCCACGUGCCAUCUACUCCUUCGACUACAACAAGCUGGUGUCUGUGGUAUACACAGUGCUCACACCCCUGCUCAACCCAAUCAUCUAUUGCCUGCGGAACCAGGAGGUCAAACAGGCGCUGCGCAGGGCAUUGCAGAGAGUGGCUCAAGCCCUGCAGGUCUCUUCCUAG